AUGUGCAACGGGGCCGACUCGGAGGUCCGCACGACCACCGUUGAGGGUUGCGAGGCGCACUGCGAGCGGGUGCGGUGCGCCUGCUUCCACUUUCGCCGCUCGGUGUGCAGCUUUGCGUUGGUGUUGGCCACACCGAGCCUGCAGCCAACCUCUAGAGGGUACGUCGCCCACCUCCGCGUGGGCGCACAGCCGCCGCCGCAGCUGGCGGCCCGACACACCGGCGCCGGCUGCGCCUCCUCGCCGCAGCGGCAGGGCAGCCCUCCCGCCUUUUACCUGUACGAAGAGCCCGCCCUCGAGUGGGGCGAGCGGCUCUCGCGCUGCUUCGAGGCGGCGCGGGGCAUGCCGCCGUGGGCGCUCGCCGUCAACGACUCGGCGCAUCAGCGCGACGGCGCGCCGCCGAUCCAGCUCGCGCACGGCUUGUGGCUGUACCAGGCGCUGCGGCAGCACCCUGCCCGCACGCGCAUCCCAGAGCGGGCGGCGCUGUAUGUGGUGCCCGCCUAUGGCUCGCUUUCCGAGGCGACGGGCGGAUGCGACGGGCAGACGCACCUCAACCGGAUGGAGGCGGCCGCCUCUGCGCUCCGCACCUCCCCCUGGCACCUCCUGCUCGCGUCGACGCUCCCGGAGGACCGGAACGCGCUCGGCGCCCUCGGCGAGCUCGCGGCAACCUCCGGCGCCGUUGCGCUUUGCGCUGAUAGCCGCAGCUGCGCCCGCGGUUUCCAGCGACGGGUGGUGAUCCCGCCGUUGCCCCUCCCGCCCCUCGCCACGCUCGCGGUGCAGCUGCAAACGGCGAGGCAGAUGCCGACGUCGCUCUUCUUCCGAGGGCUGCACGCGAAGAGCCACGAGGCGCAGGAGCUGCGCGCGCGGCUCUGGACCCUCCGCCAGCUCCCCGGCGCCGCGGUCAAGUUCACGCGCGGCGGAUCUGCCUCCCUCGAGCCGGACACCCGCAGGUGGAGCGGCGGCAGCGCGGUCCCGUUCAACGCGUACGCGUACGCCCGAGCCGCGCUCCGUUCCGACUUUUGCGUCGUGGUGCGCGGCGACGGGCAAAACGCGGGCCGCAUGCUGGUGGAUGCCGUGGCCGCCGGGUGCGUGCCGCUGGUGAUUGGAGACAAGACGGUGCUCCCAUUCCGCAAAAGGCAGGGCGGCCCGCUGCCGUACGCUGACUUCACCGUCGGCGUGGACGAGCUCGAGUACAUGCGCUAUCCCGCAGAGACGGUGCGCAAGGCCCUGGAGGAGGCGGCCCCGCGGCUACCGCAGCUUCGCGCCGCCCUGCUCGCCGCGCGCGAGCGGCUGCUCCUCGGGUACGGCGACGCGCCGCUCCGCUACAACAUGUCGCUCGCGCGCGGGGCCGACACGCUGCUGCGCGCCGUCGGGCAGCUCAUCUGCCCGCGCAACCCGGCAUCCCUCAGCUCGUGCAUCGGCGAGCAGGCCGGCACCGGCGCCACCGUGUUCUUCUGA